AUGAGUCCGGUGAAUAGUCUGUGGUUCAAGUGGAAGAGCCUUCGAUUGCCGUGGCGAAAAUCCUUCCUCGUCGGAACGGAUCUCUCCGGAAACACAUUCUGGGAAUUUAAAGAUGCCCUGAAUGCUGCGCGAUACCGACGGAUCGUCAAGUUCAAUCCUAAAACCCAUUACGCAGAUGUCCAAGUGAGCCCACAAUGGCACCAAUGGCUCCGCUACGUCCGAGCCGAACCACCCUCCGUCCAAGAACAACAACAAGAUGUCCUCCGCCAGAUUCAAAUCAAGCAAUUGGCCCGGCUAGCUGAUGAGCGCUGGGCCAGCAAGCCCUCCUACCUCGACAUGCCACAAACCAAACAACCAGCGCCAGCAACCCAAACUACAGAUGCGACCAUGAAUGCAUCCACACAGGGCAGCAACACCUCCCCUCCACCCCAACAGAAAGAAGUAGAGAAUGUCGAGCGCCCGCUACUAAAAAGGACCCCUGGGCUGCAGCUCGAGGAGCUUCUAGCCAGGGGUGGGAGCCGCAGUCCUGGACACCGAAACCGUCUCAAAGAUGAGGUUGAAGGACGGGAUAGAAAUUAG